AUGAAGGUGGUCAUUAUUGGUGCCGGAAUCGGUGGUCUGGUUUGUGCCAUAUCCUGUCGUCGGGAAGGCCUCGAAGUCGUAGUUCUCGAACAAGCUGCUGCUCUACAGCCUAUCGGCGCAGGAAUACAAAUACCUCCUAACGCCGCCCGAAUCCUUCGCAAGCUCGGCCUCAUACCUCAACUGCUAGACAAGGCUACUUUGGUCGAUACAAUUGACUACCUUCGAUAUAAAGAUGGCAAGGUUCUGUAUCAGAUGGAAGGCGGCGAGAAGAUGAAGAAAUCCUAUGGCGAUGUUUGGAUGGUUAUUGCUCGACCACACUACCACAGCGUAUUAUGGAGCGCGGCCAAGGAGGCUGGCGUAGAGUUACGACUUGGUGCGGAGACAGUGGCAAUUGAUUUCGAGGACUCAAGUGUGCGCCUUGUGACUGGCGAAAUCGUAGGGGGUGAUAUUGUCGUUGGUGCUGAUGGUCAGUUGGAUCAGAUUCUUGGCCGACCCUCGCCUCCGUCUGAGACGGGAGACCUUGCAUAUCGAGCCACCUUGACUCUGCAGCAGAUGAAGGAUUUCAAAGACCCUCGGAUAGACGACUUGAUCGAGCAUAAGACAGUCAAAUGCUGGAUGGGCCCGAACAAGCAUUGUGUUCUGUAUCCCAUCGGCGGUGGGCAAGUAUUCAACCUCGUCAUUUUAUGCCCAGAUGACAUUCCCAAAGAUAUGAGACAGGCGCCUGGGGAUGUGGAGGAGAUGCGAGCUUUGUUUGUCGGCUGGGACGAAAGGCUGACGAAAAUGCUGUCGUGUGUUCCGUCCGUUCUUAAAUGGAAGCUGUGUCACCACGAAGAAUUGCGAUCGUGGAGGAAGGGCCCCGUAGCCUUGCUUGGCGAUGCAUGCCAUCCAACACUGCCAUAUCAAGCGCAGGGCGCAGCAAUGGCGGUAGAAGAUGGCGCUGUUCUGGGAAAGCUGCUUGGGCAGUUGAUGAGCUCAGGUUUAUAUCAUGAUGGGGCCAGAGACACUGUAGAGGGAAUGUUGGAGAUCUACGAGAACUUACGAAAGGCUAGGACCACAAUCAACGUUCAGGGAGCAAGGUCAAAUCAGCGUGCAUAUCAUUUGCCAGACGGCCCUAUUCAGGAGUCUAGGGAUGCUUGGCUAAGGUCUCAACCUAGAGGAGCUUCACCCGACGGUUUCACUCUUGCUGACACGGCUUACCUCGAAGUUAUUCUGGGAUUUGAUGCCUUGGAGGAAAGUGUUGAUGCUUUUGAAAAUUGGAAAGCUGGCCAGUCACAAACCUUGCCGAGAUACAAUUUGUAG